AUGAGUGGUUCUGAUUGGGAGAAUCUCCUUCUGCAAAAAGCCGAAUUGGUGUUGAUUCAGGCCUCGUACCCGGACUUAUUGCUAUCAGUUGAAGGUCUAACAGAUCUUAAACCAGUCGAGAAUAAGGACGAUAUUCCGGAUUCCGUUUUCCCUUUAAGACUUGCAUUUCAUUUAAACGCACCGGUAAAUGAGGAGCUCGAUGAAAUCAAUAUGCCCCUUCCUUCCCCACAGUUGGACUUGUUGAUAACUUGUAGCACAAAUUACCCAAAAGUCGGUCCCACUGUUGCAAUUAAGAAUGCUCGAGACAUAAGCGUGCGAAGACAAAACCGUCUUUUGGAGUGUCUCAAGGCUAUGACGGCAGAAAACCUCACAACCCAUUCCGUGUUUUCGCUGAUCUCAUUUGUGCGCGACUGUCUCGCAGAUAUUCGAGAGCAGGUGCCGAAAAAACGUCUUGCUGAGCUAGAGGCCGCUAUCGCUCAAGAGGAGAAAGAGAUGCGACUUGAGUCAAAGCGUAUCAGGUCUGCGCUGGUGCAUAGGAAAGCCCUUUUGCAGAUGAGCCCUUCUUUGGAUACCGCAGAGAUUGCCGCCGUAUCGGAGAGCGAAACCUGUCACAGUACUAGCAAUGCUGCCCACCUUCAUGCCUGUCCACUUACGUAUCACACAGGUGUGCAGCGACUAACCUUUCCCCACCCUCGCAUCACCUCUUCCCCCUCCCGAUCGCCAGUACCCGUGUCCGAAGAAUUGAGUAUAUCGCUGUCGCGGCGCAAAACGCGACCCACGGAACCGCCUCCAUUGCGCAUCCUGCGUGGCCAGUGUGUUGAUGGACCACACCAGCCCUCCCUCCCCAUGGCUCCGGGUCCACGAUUUGCCUACCGAGCCAAGUUCCUCGCCUUCAACGAGAUCACUGGGGACGAGCUCCAACUCCGUGAGUGGGUCUUUAGGGCCCUUCCGUCGAUGUCGCAGCUUUACAGCCUGCGAUUUCUACUGAUCUCGCGAUUCAAACAUCUCAUGCGCAUUUCUCUCCCACCCUUCCUCCUCCCGUUGCGUGGGUUCACCUUCGACGUGGAACAGGAUCAGAACCUUCUCGGUGAUAAUGAUAAAGGAAGACUACGAAUUUUGCCAAUUGCAGAGGUUUCGGAGCUAUGGUGCGUAGUGCGAUUGGUGAGCGACCGGCCCCAUGGACUUCCCAUUUCCGCUCUUAUUCGGCCACCGCGGCCCGCUGGGGCGCCGUGCGCAGGGAAGACGAUCUCCAAGACCACAGCUGAAGAUAUGGGACGAAUCCGUGUCAUUGCGACCAGUGUGCUGGAGGCGCUUCGCUGGCUUCACUCACACACCAUGAACCACCGUGAUCUAGAGCCCGAGAAGAUCUUCAUGGAUGGAAAUGGCAACGUCCAAAUUGCAGAGUACGAGUUUGACGGCCGCUUGGACGCUUGUUUGGGGGGUCUUCGUAAAAGCGAUAAGUCAUACUCAAUCACAGUUCCUUCGCCACCGAGUAGAAUCAGAAAGGUUCACAGGAAGGAUGUCUACAAUCUGGGGUUAAUUCUGGUCUACCUGGCAACAAAGACACCGCCAGAAAGGGUGGGUGCUCACGGCGAUCCCAUAUUCACACCCGCCCUGAAUGCCGUCUUGUCCUACGCGCCGGCCUUCAAAGAUUUCCUGCAACGCUGUCUUUGCAACACAGCCUCAUCUUCGGCCUCAGAACUGCUCAACCAUUCCUUUAUAAAGGAGCCAAUCAACUAUGCACCGUCUUCUAAUGCUCCAUCUGAACCGCAUACCGGUCGCAGCCUAGUCAACAGUUCUGACAGCAACAUUCUCUCUGACACACCAAAAGGCGGACGAUCACGUCUCUACUCGGACUUUGAGGACUUUUCCAUUAUUGGACAGGGUGCUUUUGGCUGUGUUAUGCGAGCACGAAAUAUAAUCGAGAAUCACGAAUAUGCCAUCAAGUGCGUCCGCAUCCCACGCUCACAGGCGGAUCUUGUUCUGCGAGAAGUACGAACCCUAGCAGGUCUGCAGCAUGACAACAUUGUGCGCUACUACACUUCAUGGAAAGACUACAUUAUCAUUCAAAUGGAGCUCUGUGCUUGCAAGAAUCUGCGGACCGUGUUGGACGAGGAGGUGAAUCUCAAUCAGGAUCGAGCGUGGAGCUACUUCCGGGAGAUGACGGACGCACUGGCUUACAUUCACUCUAAGGGGGUCAUCCACCGAGACUUAAAACCGGCCAAUAUUUUACUGGAUGCAGAGGACCAUGUGAAGAUUGGGGACUUUGGUCUGGCUGUGCGAAUGUCCAAACUCGCUGACUCGGCACGGAAGGAAUACUCGGCGUUUAUGGUAAGGUGGUUCUGCAGGUCUUACUCCAACUUCUAUGGCUGUCUUGAAGAGCUUCACGGAGUACGAAGUGGCGCGCAGCUUCGUUACCACGUCACGUCUGGUAGUAGCGCGGAAACGUCCCGGGGAGGCAGCUCCAUGGCAAAGGUGACGUGUGGGAUGACGGCGAGUAAUCCUCUCUCCUCAAACACACCUGCUCUGACCGCAGCCCGGUCCAACUGCAUGACGGAGAAUGUGGGCACGAUAUUCUACAUGAGUCCGGAGAUUGCUUCGAAGCGGAAAACGCGACUGGUUUAUAACGAGAAAGUUGACAUAUACAGUCUGGGUAUUAUCCUCUUCGAGAUGUUCUACCGCCGCACAAACACCCUUAUGGAGCGUGUCAAUGUGCUCAAUGACAUCCGCAAGCCAAAGAUAAUCUUUCCCGAGGACUGGGAUGCACAGACCAAACCCAAGCAGACUGCUCUCAUCAGGGCCCUCCUUCACCAUGAUCCUGCCCGUCGACCGACAGCUUCAGAUAUCCUCGCGUCCCCUCUUAUCCCCCCACUGGAGUCUACAGAGUCGGCAUUUCGAAAACAAGUCCUCGAUAUAUUCAGAGAUCCAGGCAAUAAGCUCUACCGUUUCAUUGCCAACAAUCUUCUCACCAUGUCCUGCUCUCGGACUGCUGAUUUUCUUUACGACCGAUCCAAGUCCCUCACGACCAACUCUCCUUCCCAACAACUGCCUUACUUUUUCGGUGCCUCUGGAUCAAGGGAUUUAGAUCUACUGCGCGACUUUUCGCGCUACCAGUUGUUUGAACGGUAUAUAGUCCACCACCUUGAGGCCAUCUUUGCUGCCCACUGCGCUUUGCCCAUCCAACCGCCCACACUGAUCCCAGUGAACAAAAGGUCUGUUGCUUGCUGGUUGCAUUGCCCUGGCACCACCACACUCCCUACCACUUCGGUAAGCUGUCUUCAGGCCCCCUCAGAUGUUGGCAGUGGUGGAGCAGAAGGCGGUGGUGGGGGCAGUGGAGCGGAGGCAGAACACCUGGCAGAUGCGCGUACGACCAUAGGGGGACCUGUGCUUCUUGAUGCCCAGGGAGUGCCUGUUUCCCUGCCUGAUGCACUUCAUGUCGGCCUGGCGCGGUUUCUAGCCAAUACAGGAAUCAACCCGCCGCCAUUGAGGGAGCUCCGAACCUACCAGAUUGGACGGACCUACCGACCAUGGCCUCAUGCCAAUCCCUUUAGGGCAGUGGAUCAUCCACUGGAGAUGAAGCGGGCCUCUUUCGAUAUGGCUGCGGCGAACUAUCAGCCUCAUCUACUGGUGGAGAUCUUUCAUAUCUUGAACGAAGUUAUCUCUUUAAUUUCACUUGAGGGUUUGACUUACGUGCUCUACCUCAAUCAUACCGACCUGCUGGAGUACAUUUUCAAGGUGCUCUCCGUCCCAUCUGAUCUGCGCGUGGGUCUGUGGCGUCACCUGGCCGAGGCUUGUGAGACUCCUGAAGCCGUACUUCAGCAACAGCAGUCGUCCAGACUCCCAUUCCGCCGACACAUUGUUUUUCCCGAAUACCUUCUCAGCACCCUCCACCAACAACACGAACAGCAGCAUCAGCAGCCGCAAAGUCGUCCCCACCAUCGCGGCUUCUUGCAGCGUCACCUGACGCGCCUGAUGCGUUUCGAGACAACACGGGUGGAGGAGCUGGCUGAGGUUCUUUUGGAGGUGCCCUCGCAUCGUCACUGCAUGUCUCGUGUCACGAAGGAGGCCCACAUCCAUCAGCAUUGUCAACGCCUCGCAAAACUUAUUAAUUGUGUUCAUCGAUGGGAAGCGAUUCCCUCAUUCCACAUUGUUCUCACCCCAGGGUUGGUGCUUCCCUGCCACCUUUACCAAGGCCUCGUGUAUCAGCUGGUCUGUUAUUCCUGCAAAGCCGAUGAUUUUGAAAGUUUGGUGGAUGAGGAGAAACCCACCACGAAUCCUGUUCUAGGAACUUCACUGAUGAGCUCACGCGCCCGACUCCUGGUUCUCGCCUCUGGGGGAGAGUAUCAACACCUCGUACAGCGGUUUCGACCGCCACAGGAAUUCCUGCGCAUUCAAGAAAAGGUGUUGAAGUCGAGACAGAUUGAUGGUGACGAGGACACUGAGGAAGAGGAGGACGAGGAAGAAGAGAACCAUAAAGCGCUACCCACUGCAACGCCGUGGAAGUCCAUUGCACAGUCUCGUAUUAAUCCUUCCAUCUCUGCGGCCCUCGCCGCUGUCACCACCUCGGAUGUUCCCUCUGGUGUAUUCGGAGUUGCUGUCUCGGUUAAUCGACUGGCCAGACUUCUGCUCUACGUCGUAGAUAAACAGUCUGCCAACCCGCCAUCUCUGACCAUGCCUCUACUACUGACCACUUCGUUGUGCCAUGUGGUGGUGACAUGGGAGCGACGGACUCGAGACACUCGGAUAUUUGCGCUAGAGCGCCUUUGCUCCCGUGGCUCGCGAUCGUCCACAGCGGAGGCGGAGGGUGGUUGCGGUGAAGCUACCACCGCUAUUGCUGUCACUCUCAUCAAACGUGCCUCAACUACCUCAUUCUUUUUCCCUUCGGUGCUGCCCCCCGGCACAGAGCUGACCAAUCACAAUCUGCCUGCUUACUGCCUCGUUGAUGAGACUGGCUGCGCUCUCGCCCAACGCAAGGCCUUCCAUCUGGCUUGUCAGUUGUGGUCUGCUGGGGGCAUCUCCACGCGGUUGGUGCUUAAGAGAACAUCGGAUCCUUUGGAAAUGGCCUCUGAAUUGGGUGCAACCUUCGCGGUACGCGUCUGCCUGUUGACCGGCAACAAGGUGGGUGCACUGACCUACAAGACGUGGCAUCUCUACGGUGAUCGACCGGGUGGGGAAGCCUCGCAGUUUUCCGAUCCCUCCGCGGUAGUUGCGCAGGUGCGCCACGCGCUUAGCGGUGUCGAUAGCCGCGGUCCUCAUUCCUCCACCACCUCUUCCUCUACUUUUUUUGCCUCCACCACUGCUCCUAUAGCCACUGGCAUGGGGGAUAAUAUGGCCUUGACAACGCCCUUUACCACUACAGCUCCCACCACUGUCAGUACUUCGGCAUCAAUUUUUACCCCAAUAGCAUCGUCAGUUCCGGAUGACGGUGACGAGCGUCGUGGAAGCUGGUCGAGGGAAUUGAGAUUUGGUCGCGUUUCUUGUGUUGCGGUCAUCCAGUCAGGGAUUUCGAUGAGCUUUAAAUCGUUAUCCAAGUUCACCGACCUAUCACUACAGACCACCGUGAUGUCGGGUGAUACUCUACCUGCGUGGGUCGAAGUAAGGGUGAAAAUGAAACCACCCUUUUUGUCACUCCUCGUUUAUCUCGUUAUUGGCCAUAUUGUCGGAGGGAUUAUUUUCUCCUGCCGAUUGCGUAGUCUGAUUGCCAUCUGCCACGUCUUUAUCUCGAUUCUUAUUGUCUUGGUCUGGCUUCACACCACCAUUUGUGAAGUUGUUGUGCUUGCGAGUCGUCCUCUGGGAGUCCAAUGCUCUUGUCGUUACCUCUCGGGCCGCUGGCGACGCAGUUCUCUCAUUCCCACUCGUCGAAUCCGCACCGUUCACUUGCUGGAUCGUGUGACUAACGUUUCCGUGAGUCCACACCUCUUCCUUGAGCUGCGUUGCUCCUCCUGCCCCCUGCGUGCCACCUUUCCUACUAUCGACGAGACAGCCAACGCGAUGCUGCAUCUGCAUCCGUUCUUUAGCUUUCCAGUAAGUGGCAGCGGUGAUGAGGAGGGGGAGGCGGCAUCGCCCCCGCUCUGUUGUCUACCCUUGCAGUCGCUGGUUACUGUCUACCGGUUGAUGCAUGCAGUUCUUUUCUGUGAGACUGUUCCUUGCGCCUUUUAA